CCCGAUUCAUACACUGCGCGAUGGCGGAGGGAGGCGGAUCUGAACCAGGUAGCGGGGCCGAGCUCGACUCCGAACUGGUACCUGUACAGGCACCUAUACCUGCUUCCGACAUCCAAAAACAAACCUUGGGAGCCUUGCUUAAAACUCAGCUCCGCAAGGGCGACAAAUGGUUUCUGAUUGAUAGUCGCUGGUUUAAGCAAUGGAAGAAGUAUGUGGGCUUCGACAGCUGGGACAUGUACAGUGUGGGGGAGCAAACCCUGUAUCCUGGGCCCAUUGAUAAUUCGGGGCUAUUCUCAGACCCAGAGAAGCAGACUCUGAAAGAACACCUAAUUGAUGAGCUAGACUAUGUUCUGGUACCUACUGAGGCCUGGCACAAGCUCGUGAGCUGGUAUGGCUGUGUGGAAGGACAGCAACCCAUUGUCAGAAAGGUGGUAGAGCACGGGAUGUUUGUAAAGCACUGUAAAGUGGAAGUCUAUCUUCUGGAGCUCAAUCUCUGUGAGAACGACAACAUGGAUGACUUGGUGAAACGACAUUUCAGCAAGGCUGAUACCAUAGACACAAUUGAAAAGGAUAUGAGGGCAUUGUUCAAUAUCUCUGCUGACAAAGAGAUCCGGCUGUGGAACAAGUAUAUGAGCAACACUUACGAACAACUGAACAAGCCGGAUAGUACUGUGCAGGACGCUGGGCUCUUUCAGGGACAGGUGCUUGUGAUAGAAAAAAAGAAUGAAGAUGGCACAUGGCCUAGGCAAGCAAGCUACACAAAAUCCAGCACGACCACCUCCAGGAAUUUAACUACCUCCUCGAAGCUUCCGUCCAACUGUACUGCCACCAUCUCCUCUACCAUAACUAAUGGAGACAGUAAUAACUCAAGCUACACACUGAACAACAGCACCAGCUCCAAUAACAGGUUGGGUGGGUACAGUUCCUAUGGCUCAUCAUACAGCUACCGAGAACCCCAGACACAGCCUGGCCUCUGUGGGCUCAGCAACCUGGGCAACACCUGCUUCAUGAACUCUGCUUUGCAGUGCCUGAGUAAUGCAGCCCCCCUGACAGAAUAUUUUCUCCAGGAUGAGUACGAGGCAGAGAUAAACCGGGAGAACCCCCUGGGAAUGCGAGGCGAGAUCGCUGAAGCCUAUGCAGACCUGGUCAAGCAGAUGUGGUCUGGGCGCUGCAGCUAUGUAGCACCCAGAACAUUCAAGACCCAGGUGGGCCGCUUUGCCCCCCAGUUUUCAGGAUACCAGCAGCAGGACUCCCAAGAGCUGUUGGCCUUUCUGCUGGACGGGCUUCAUGAAGACCUCAACCGUGUCAAAAAGAAGCCCUACUUGGCACUGAAGGAUGCUGAGGGAAGGCCAGACGAGAUAGUGGCAAAGGAAGCCUGGACAAAUCACCGGCUUCGUAAUGACUCCAUCAUUGUGGACACCGUUCACGGACUCUUCAAGUCCACUCUAGUGUGUCCUGAGUGCGCCAUGGUCUCGGUCACCUUUGACCCUUUCUGCUACCUCACGCUGCCACUGCCCAUGAAGAAAGACCGCACCAUGGAGGUGUUCUUGGUGCGCGCAGACCCCCAGUCCAGGCCCGUGCAGUACAGGGUAGUGGUCCCCAAGCUGGGCACUGUGGCUGAUCUAUGCACCGCUCUGUCAAAACUGUCUGGCGUGCUAGCUGACAACAUGGUGGUAGUAGAUGUGUACAAUCACCGGUUCCAUAAAAUCUACCGCCACGACGAGGGACUGAAUCACAUCAUGGACAGAGACGAUAUCUUUUUGUAUGAGGUUGAGGAGUUGGAAGGGGAGCAAGUCAGCCUGCCUAUAUACUUUAGGGAGCGGCGUAUGAAGCACACAGGCUCCUCCACAGGCACUGUCCUGUUUGGGCAACCCCUUCUCAUCUCGUUCCCCAAGCAGAACCUCACUGUGGACUUGCUGUAUGAAAGGGUGCUGGAGAGAAUUGGCCGCUAUGUGAAAAGGCCGCAGGUCACAGGCUGCGAGGGGAAAGCCACUGCAGCAGCUGGCAGUAGCAGUGCAAGUGGACGGAGCAGCACUAGCAGUAGCUGCAGCAGCCCCACUAGCCAGACUGUAGAGUCAACAGGGUGUCCCAGCCAGGCAGCAGAGCUGGGAUUGUGUGGUUGUGAACCACCAGAGGCACCAUCGUGCAGUGGGGGACCCACAGAGACAGCUAGCGGCAGCAGACAACCUUCCCAGGCAGGGACCAGCAACGGACCGAACGGGGUGUGUGAAGGAGAGGAUGAGGAGAUGGAACAUCAGGAGGUAGCGAGGCCCAACCAAGAUAUCCUCAUAGAACCUGGUAACGGCCAAUCGGAGGGCUCUGACAGGGAAGAGGAUUGCGAGGACCCAGAAAAUGAGUCUAUCGCUGGCUUCAAAAAAACUUCAGCCAAGUCGGCUAACUGUCCGGCAAAGCUGUUCACUUUCAGUAUGGUAAACUCUUACGGCACAGCUGAAAUCAGCUCACUUACCAGCGAUAACACAAUCCUCAAACUCAAUGCGCAAUCAACAGUUGCGAUUGACUGGGACUCCGAAUCUAAGACGUUAUACUAUGACGACCAGGAGGCAGAGGCUUAUGAGAAACAUGAGAGCAUGUUGCAGCACCAGAAGAAGAAGGCAACAGUGGCCCUGAGAGACUGUAUCGAGCUCUUUACCACCAUGGAGACGCUAGGAGAACAUGACCCCUGGUAUUGCCCCACCUGCAAGAAGCACCAACAGGCCACAAAAAAAUUUGAUCUGUGGUCCCUUCCACGUAUUCUGGUCGUCCAUCUGAAACGUUUCUCUUAUAACCGCUGCUGGAGAGACAAGCUGGAUACUGUGGUAGACUUCCCAGUUAGGGACCUGAACAUGUCUGAGUUUGUCUGUGACCCAAAGGCAGGGCCCUACAUAUAUGACCUCAUCGCUGUUUCCAACCAUUAUGGAGGGAUGGGUGGUGGGCAUUACACCGCCUAUGCCAAGAACAAGGCUGAUGAGAAAUGGUAUUACUUUGAUGACAGUAGUGUCUCCUCUGCCUCAGAGGAUCAGAUUGUGACAAAGGCAGCAUACGUGCUGUUUUACCAGCGUCGGGAUAACAAGUCAAUCCAGAGCAUGCCUUCCUCAGCCUCUGUGGGCAAAGCUCCAGAGGAGGGGGAAGACAGAAUGGACACCAACUGAAGGGGACAGGGACCCAGGGACAUGAACUGCUGCAAAGACAGACACCCUGGUGUGCGCACACAUGCAUACUCUCUCUCACACACACACACACACACACACACUCAUUCAUUCAGACUCUGCACUGAAUCAACACACAUAUAAUACAGGUUACCCAGAUGUAUAAAUGACCUGCAUCUUUACCUGUGUUUAACUAUCUAUAAAUGUAGAUAUGCACAUAUUUUCAUUUGUAAAAUUCUAUGAUAAACUCAUUUUUAAAUUGUUGUCAAAUGUAUAUCACAUUUCGAGAGCCACACUGCCAAUCAAUGUCAGUCUUGCUCUGGGGAUGUGAUUUUACAUUAAAAAUAAUAUAUUAUUUAACACAAACACACACAGGGACAAUUGGUUGAGAACCUGGCUGCUGCAGGAAUGUGGAGGCAGAUGCAUCUUGUGAAGGAUGUGAUUUCAAAGCGCUUCCAUUUGGUUUUGGGGCUGUCUUAUAGUGAAUCAGUCUGGGAUGGCUGCAGCUGGUGUGUAGGAGAGGCCCCCACCAGCAAUGCAUUACCCCUGAAGGUUCCCGCUCCGAUUUUGGUACCUCUGAGAACUUGAAUGCCUGCAGUGGCAGGUCCUAAAGAGAACACCACCUCUUCAUUGUGUUGCCUGGAAGUCUAUAACUCCUACAGAUGCUUGUAUUGCAGUCCCUUGGGCUCUGUGAAAUCUCUUCAAAACAAAACGUGCUGCUCGAUCUAUGUACCACAGAAGCACCAGCUGCCUUUUAAUAAGAACUUUAAGUACAGGAACAAUGCUGUAAUUAUCAAAUGACAUUUUUUAGGAUUUUCCUUUUUUUGGGGGGGGGGGUCGAUAACCAGUUUAUUAGGUGUAAAAAAAUAAAAAUGAUAUGUAAUAGGUGCCCAACUAUAACUAAUCCAAAGCAGUGACAUUAACAGCUGGUGGACACUUGGCCAGCCUAUCCCUAGGCUACGUGGUCAGUUACAGAGAUGCCUAGGUGGUUAACUACAACCAUUUCUAGAUGGCCAGUAACACUUCCAGUAUUCAAAACCAUCAGACUUUGGUUUCUAAAUGUUCUGUGGUUAUCUACCAACUAGGAGUGGCAAGGAUUUUAAAUCGAUGUUUUAAGACUACCCCUUUCCUGUUCUGGAUGUUGGGGGAGAAACUUAGUUCUGUGUUGUUUUUUUUGUUUGUUUGUUUUUUAAAGCCUGAGAACAAUCCAUUUUCGAUGGAUGUUGCUGUUGAAAAUUAAAAAAAAAAAAAAUCUUUAGUAGGCUGUUACAGCAUUUCACUGAGUCAGAAGGUUAUGGAAAUGCAUGAGGAUAUAUGCAUGUUAUUACAACACAUUGAAGAUGGCUGUGUUUGUCUAUGAGCUACACAGUACACAAACACCUGUGCUUCUGUCUUUUACUGUAAAGGUAAAUAGAUAUGCACCUAUCUAAGUUACUUAUGUGUGUGUGUGUGUGUGUGUGUGUGUGUGUGUGCGUGUGCAUGUAGGUAGAAAUGUUUGGUGCACAUCCUUUUGUAUUCAGAAACACGAGUUUCCAACUGCAGAUGUGUACUAUCAGUGAACUGUCUGACUGUCUACUCUAGGGCUUUUGAAGACACUUAAAAUAAAAUGUAAACCUUCAUUGUGGGUCAGGGAGAUCAAGGCUUCUUUGGGAACAGGCUGUUUCUGGACACUGAUAGCUGCUGUCCUGCCAAGAUAUUUUUGGCUCUCAGUUAGAUGUGUUUAUGUCCUGGAAAAGUUUUGAUUUCUCUGAAUUCUCAACAGCUGCCCUUCUGAUUUAUUUAAAUCUGACUUCCUAACUAACUUUCAGUGUUUCAAGAAACAAAGGUGCUAAAGCCUUUACGCUACUAUGCAAUAAUUAGGCCUACCAACUUCAGAGGUGCAGUUACAUCUGUUAUCCUUUUAUUUUUUAUUAAAAACUGUAGAACUCAAAGGCAA